AUGUGUGCACUUGUCCCUCCAUCGUUUCCCAGUUUCGGCUGGCCUUGCGGAGACCAGAGUUUCUACCUAAACGACGACGUAAUCAACACGUUUCUUGAUUUUUCGUUGCCGGACUUGGGGGUGAAUGAUGAUCAGAAUGUGUCAUCGGAGAGACAUAAAACUUUAGAGUUAGAGAACCCCGUUGUGAAGAAGAAACUUAAUCAUAACGCGAGCGAGCGUGCUCGUCGCAAGAAGAUCAACACAAUGUUCUCAGCUCUCCGUUCUUGUCUCCCAUCUACCAAUAAAUCGAAAAAGUUAAGUGUUUCAGCAACAGUUUCACAGGCUCUAGAGUACAUACCAGAGCUGCAAGAGCAAGUAAACAUGCUCACAAAGAAGAAAAAUGAACUAUUAUUCCAAAUCUCGGGUCAAAAAGAUCUCAAUGACACAAACCAAAACGAUAAGCUAGAGAAAGGGGUCACUGGUUAUGCAUCAACGUUAUCUGCGACUAGGCUCGGUGAGACAGAAUUAAUGGUCCAGAUUUCAUCGUUACAGACUGUAAAGUGUUCGUUUGGGAACGUAUUGAGUGGAGUAGAAGAAGAUGGGUUGGUUCUUGUGAAUGCUUCAUCUUCAAGGUCUCAAGGAGAGAGGCUCUUUUACACUUUGCAUCUUCAGAUGGAUAAUUGCAAUGUGAAUUUCGAAGAGUUAAGUAAUAGGUUGUUAUACUUGUACGAGAAAUGUUAA